CGCAGCAGCCAAGUGAUGAUCGCGGGCUUACUAUAGUUAGUGGUAGUCUGCGCGCACGCAACUUUAGUCCCGAAAAGAUUGAGAGAUUCUCCAAUCAAGAUGGCGGUGAACGGUGUGGCGAUGUCCAGUAGAAACGAAAAGCUUUCCGCCACGACAUUGGAUGAAGCCAUGUUUCUCAGUGGAUUCGGCAUGUACAACGUCCUGCACAUGCUGAUGUGCGGCCUGAUCCUCAUGGGCGUGAUCAUGCAGAGCCUGGCACUGGGAUACGUCAUGCCGGCCGCACAGUGCGACCUCGAGCUCACGCUGCAGCAGCGCGGCUGGCUGGCCGCUAUACCCUUCGCAGCUAUAAUCCUGACCUCGUACUUCUGGGGCUGGCUGGCAGACACGCAGGGCCGGCGGCCGGUCAUGCUGUCUUCCAUGGCGGUUUCGGCAGUCUUCUCCGUGCUGACCAGUUUCGCACCCAACCUCAUCAGCUUUGCUAUACUGCAGUUUAUUUCUUCAGUUUUCAUGUCUGGACCUUCAGCAGUCGUGUACACAUACCUCGGAGAAUUCAACAGCUUACGGCACAGAGACAAAAUGGUGGCCUUCGGGUCUUCGUUCGUUGGAAUCGGCACUGUUGUUUUACCAGGUAUAAGCUGGUUGAUUCUCCCACUGGAGUUCUACUAUCCUAUGCCGUUCCUGGACAUCGCAUACCGACCCUGGAGGCUGCUCGUGGUUGCUUGUGCUAUGCCCUACGCCCUCAGUACCAUUUUCUUAAUGUUCGCCCCUGAGAGUCCCAAGUUCCUCAAUGCUGUUGGCCAGUAUGAAGAGUGCCUGGAGGUCGUGAAGACCAUUUAUUCCGCUAAUCAAAAGCAACCUAGAGACAGCUUUCCGGUACAAACUCUGAUCGUGGAGAACCACAGCGACAAAGACGUAGAAAGUCAUGGGAUCGGAGCAGUCUUGAGAUCCAUGCGAGACCAGACGGUCCCACUGUUCAAGAGACCGCUGCUCCCAUGGACUUGCUUGACGUGCUUCGUACAAUUUGGGAUAUUUGCUACGACUAACGGAUUCUAUGUAUGGUUCCCUUCAAUCCUUAACUCUUUGGCAAAUCACGACGGUGGAGAGGCGAGGAUAUGUGACAUCCUUGAUGCAGCCCGUACAACAGCUGACAAUGGCACUAUAGUCGAAUGCAACGACACUAUGAACACGGAGACGUUCGAGCGCUCCAUCUACAUCGGCCUCGUCUUCUCCUCCAUGUACAUCCUCGUGGGGUUCCUGGUGGACUUUGUUGGCAAGAAGCCGAUCCUGGUGGCGAUCCUCUCCGUCACCGGGAUGUGUGGAAUUGGAGCCCAUUUGGUGCACAACUCCCAAGUGGGGGUGGUGCUGUUUGCGAUCUUUCAAAUGUCGGGAGCAUGCAUUGGCUUGAUGACUGCCGUAGCCGUUGAGCUGUUUCCCACCAAAUAUAGAGCGAUGGCAGUGUGCCUGUCCAUGAUGAUGGGGCGCGUGGGCUCCAUGGCGGGCUCCAACCUCAUUGGGGUGUUCCUACAGACCAACUGCGGCAUCAGCUUCUACCUCUUCGGAGGAAUUAUCAUUGUGAACGCAGUCUUCUGCCUCACUCUCCCCGGGAGAAAGGACAUACCCAUCAGAGAUACCGUCGUCGAACCGGCUGAAAACGAGACCCACGAGCCGGUAUGAACGCUCGGAACAUAAUCAGUAUUAGAAGAACAUAGAAGAACGCUCGGGUUUGAGCUUGAGUCCAGGGUUCAGACGGGACGAUUGAGAUGAGAACUUGAGUAUCAGUCAGAUUAGAGAAUCUUGA